AUGUCAUCUUGGAGAGGACAAACUGCUCAAGGUCCUUUGGCAGCUGCUACCAAUGUUCCAUCGUCAUCUUCAGCCCAACAAGAACAAAACAACAACGGACCUCGGGCGAAAUGCGAUCAAGUGGUCUUUGAAGCCAUUGCCAAGGCGGCGGAAAUCGUGGUGGGAAGUCGAUGCUGGAUUGAAAAUGUACCGGGGAGCAAUAGUAGUAGUCGAUUCAAUUUGCUGGUGCCUGAAGUUCAAGGUGUGCGUUCCAUUUUGCAUCGAUGGAAACGAUCCUUGCACGUUCCUCUUCGAUUAGAUGUCUUUUAUCAACACGAUGACGGACGCCGCGAAUUGUUGGAACGUUGGUGUUUGGAAUAUGCUCCCAAAACGACCUAUUCCUUUCAACAUAAUGUAGCAGCCGCCGAUCCUAUUGUUCAAUUACGACAAGUCUGCAAAUCCAUUGUCGUUUGGUUGAGGACCUUGUAUGGUUGGUCCAGAAUGCUUCCAGCCCAAGCCUUACGACAACGACAGACGUUGGGGACCGACAAUCAUGUGGGCUUUAGUAUUUAUGUCGUCAGCGAAGGCAAUGACGAUGUGACGGGUCUUAUUAGCAAUCAAGGAUUCUUGUCACAAGGCCAACCGCAUUCCGUACUGACACCCUACGGUGAGUUGGGUUGGAAGGUAUUCUAUGCACCCGACAGUAUGGUUCAACAGUUGGUUCCAGAAGUUCCCAAAUACUCGAUUGCCAUUCCGACAGCGAUACGAACGGCAUCGCAACCAAUCCCCAUGAAACAACAAAUGAAUGCGGCCCAAACCUAUGCGAACCCCAAUCAUCACAUUCGAAUGUCACCUCAGCAGCAGCAACAGGAACUGAGUGCGGCACGAUCAGCGCCCAACAAACAACGAUCCCCUGGCUAUUAUCGAUCCAACUCGGAUGUGGAUGGCUAUCAUCAACCCAGAAAGGUACCUCCCAUCAUGUCCAAUGCAAUGCGGCGGAAUAGUGACCUGCCAAUUUUGCAUCAAAACGGCACCCACAUGUCGCAGCAGCAACAGCAACAGCAGCAAGAACAACUACAGCAUCAAGAACAAUCAUUUCCACAACAGUCACCAACGUCCCAAUCGAAUCCUCCGACCAAGAACUUGAGUGCAUUAUCUUUGGCCAUGCUCAUGAACAACAAUACUGAGAAUGCCAAUGCGGAUGGAGAGACGAGGGAGGCGGCCGAAAAGCGACGAGCGGCACUUCAUCAUGCGCCACCCCAAUUCUCCAACAAUAAUCAAAACAACGUUAGCACACCACCGCCACCACCAGGAUCUUCUCCGGCGUUGAAACCUUCCAAUUUGGCAACGGCUGGUGAAUAUGGUUAUGGCUACAACAACCAGUUGCCCAAUAUGGCGGGACCACCCAGCUCACCGGCCACCACCACCAGAGGAGUACUCGAUGGUCGGGGAUCUCCUGGACCGCUGUCGGGGACAUCCCUUUCUUCUACUCCAACGACUGGAUUUUUACUGGGGACGGCUCCCACACCACCCGGUGCAGUACCUGGGGUAUCCACAUUGAUUCCACCGCGGUCCACCAGCGUGACGCCACCCUUUGUCCGACCGGCUGGAUUUGUCGGAGAACCACCCAGUCAACCCUUCUUGCCACCAUCCGCUGCGGCAGCUAUGGUUGGAACCCCACCCACGGGAGAAUUCAAAAAUCAGCAACAUUCCAGGAAUCACCAGACGUCUUUGGAUCUCUUGCAUUCGAGUCCCUUUCAACGACCCACGGCUUCGCCAAAUUUGGACGAUGAAUUGCGACAAGCCUUUAACUUGAACGAUUUGAUGCCACCAGACAUUGGUACAGGAUUCAUGAAUCCUAGGACUCGUCCAGAUGAGUUUUACUAUGACAAUCAUCAUGGUGCCUUUGGACAAAGUCUUGGUGAUGAUGAUGACAUGCCAUUUGCCGUGGACUCAUAUACAACAAGCAGUCAUGGCGAAAAGCGAUCGAGUGGAAAUGGAAUAGGAUCGUCUUUGGAAGCAACAUCGAACCUACUCUUGUCAUCUGCCAAUGGAAUGGCUUCCAUUUGUUCGACAGCUCCCAGGCGAUUAGCCUUGUUUGAUAGUGUCGCUACAAAUACUACUACAAGUAAUACGGCUCCUGGUCCUAACCAGAGUGACGGUGCCGCUGGUGCCAUAGUAAAGGCAGCAGAGGGCGGAAUGACAAUGUCCUUGGCCGAUGAAUUGGCCGAAUUCAAGACCUUUGGUGCCUCGCUCAUGAUGGAUGGCAAGGCAAGUCAAUCAUCGAGCAAUUCGACGCCCAUUGCGCUGCGACCAUAA